GCUCGCCAAGGUUUCGAGGCGGUGGAGUGAUGGGGAAUGAUGUGACGGUGCCCAGCAGCCGGCAGCCCAUCCCGCCGGCAAGAGGCGACGAGUCGAUAGAUUUCAUCCAUCGCGAGGACCGAGAUGCCAUUCACGAACACAGGGAUGUCGGCAUCCUCAGAUGCACAGCAACAUUCCUCAGGCAGAUAGACUUCUCGGUCGCCGUCCUCCGCACUCGGCUGGGGCGCUCACUCGUGGCCAAACAGCUCGGCGGCAUUAUCGCAUUCGACGCUCAGCUGGAGAGCCCUCUGCUGCUGAAGGCCAUCUGGCUGGUGGAUACGCAGCAGUGGACCGAGGUGGUCAACGCGCUGAAGUUAGCGGAGCAGCGCGGCUUCUGCACACUGCCCAUCACAAUGAGUUUGCAGGACCUGCAGAGACACACCACCAAACAGGUGGGCGGGACGAAGGGGAGAGUCGAGGAGGGAUGGCUCGAUAGCUGUGUUGUGUGUCUGUUGUUGCAGGCGUAUUUGGCUGAGCCGCGUGUUGUGGCGCUGUGGAAGAUGAUCGGUCGGCACGUCAACUUCGGCGGCAACUACGGCCGUUUUGAGCUGUUCGACCAGCAGGGCGGCGGUGUGCGUGCUAUCAAGGACGAGCCGGGCUUCGAGCUGGACAUCAACCCCCCCCACCCACCCAUACCACCCACACACUAUCAACGACAACCCGCCCGUCAGGUCCCCAAUCGACCUGCAGGGGGACAGCUGGACAGCGGCUGGUGAGGUGGUCACUUAUGCAUCAGCGUCGGCGUUCAUCAUGAACAUCAUCCUGUGGGGCCCUCUAAUGGUGAAUCGGGGCGCACCUCCUGUAGUUGAGGUUGACCGGUACAUGACACACCGACAGACACACACGUCCAUCCAUCCGAAUGGGUAUCCGCUCUCUGUGUGUUUCUUUACGUAUGCUCACGGAGGUGUGCUGGACGGCCUCCUGAACCACUCGCCCCACCAGCCGCCCGACGGAUGCACAGCCGUCAUGGCGGGCAGCUGGGACGAUGACAAUCCCCCUUCAGAGUUUCGGCUUUUGCUGCUGACGUCGUUCGACAGCCCAUUCGUCGCACGGGUCGCUCUCGGCAGCCGUGUCGACACCAACACAGGCAACAAAGGGAUAGCAGGUCCUCUGUGCUGAUUGAGCCAUUCUUUCGACGUAUGCUUUUUCGCUGCCUGCAGCGGAUGUGAAUGUCGUCACCACCGAGCCGCCAGUGGGUGGUGCAUCUGAUGCCUUCAAGGACCGCCGGCCCACUACCGCCCCUCUGGUGCGCGGCCUGCUGAGCAACACCAUCGCAGAGAUGGCGCUCACCCAACAGGAAGAAGACGAUGGGGGUGAGUGCGCAGCCGGCCAUCCCGUCUCUGUGUGUCGGAUAAAUCGGUGUGUGUGUGUGUGCCUUUGUGCAGAGGACGAUGCGGCCGGUGAUGGUGACGACGACAGCGAUAGCGAUGAGGGUGAGAGGUGGGGAUGUGUGUGGCUGGAUGGGUUCACCUGUAUGUCUGCGGUCUGUGUGUGAUAUCUACGCAGAUAUGGAUAGCAAUGGCAAUGGCGAGGACGAUGGCCAGCAAGAGCAGCAGCAGGAGCAGGAGGAAGACGGUGAGAUGGGCGAAGGGAAAGAGCCAGAUCAGCAUGACACUCGCAUUUUGGUGUGCCUUAUGGAUGGAUGGACAUGAAUGUGUCAGAUGAGGGUGUGGAGGAGAGGGAGGCCAAGAGAAGGAGGACCGCAGAGUGAUCGAGGGCGACACACCUGCGGCCGGUGUGCGGUGUAGAUGGUGCACUGAUUGAGGAUGGCCAGGAGGACAAGAGCAGUCGUAUGCACAGACAGCUAGCGGCCUUCUCUGACGCAUCCAUGCAGUUUUGACACACGUCGUACGUUGGCAUUGAUGUGUCCAUGUGUGUGUGACGAACCCUUUUUGUGUGCGCAUACGAACGGUUGGAUUGGUGCAUGGUGGAACGGCUUUCCGUUUUGGUUUUCACGUCCACAUUUGAUCGGUGUGAAUGACUGGACGGGAUGAGACAGCCAUUGACCUGAUCCAUGGGUGCACAGCAUCAAUCACGUGUGUGUAUUGC